CUGUUUCCGAUACGGUAGUAGAGGGAGGUACAAGACAAAAUGGCAACAUACAGAGGUACAGUAAUUUUUCCGUGAAAAGCUGCGCCGAGAUCAUCGAGAAGUCGAAAAGGGACAUAAAUCAUGAGUAAGGGGGAUUUUGGAUAUGGCGCUACAGUCGGUGCGUCAUACCAACGACCAAGCGGCAUUGAUAAUUUCCAGUCAAUAUUUAAUGAUACAAGCAACAAGAUAUUCAGGAUAAAUAAAAAUGUGUCGGUCUUGGAAAGUACCUCCAAAUUAUUUCAAGCAAAAUCCAAAUCUCAAGAUGCAGAGGACAGAAUUCACUCAGUGUCACAAGAAACAAACAAGCUGGCAAAAGCUGCAAAGAACAACUUCAAGCUAAUGUCAGAAUAUAUCAGCUCACCAACCAAUUACCGGUUUGAUCCACAAGGAAAUAAAUUGAUGCAAAACAAACUCCAGCAGAAUAAGUUGAAGCAAGAAUUUGAAAAUUCGUUAUCUAGGUAUCAGGCAAUUCAAAACGUUUUGUCUGUGAAACUCAAAAGCCACAUUGACGAAGAGCUUCAUUUAAGCCCUGUAAAACACGAUGUCAGCCAAGACAAUUUCAAUGACAGCGACGAUACGCUGCUGAUUAACGACGUAGAGCAGCAGGCCCAGCUUCAUGCGGAGGAGCAAGAGUUAGAGGCGAUAAAGGAAAGGGAAAACAGAUUUCGUCAGAUAGAGACAGAUAUUCUUGACGUCAACGAGAUAUUCAGGGACUUAGCAGUUAUAAUUCACGAACAGGGUGAUUCAAUAGAUUCAAUCGAAGGAAACGUAGAGCAAGCUGUCGUUCAUGUUCGAGAUGCAAAUGUCCAGUUACAAAGAGCCAAAGAUUACCAAAAAAGUGCAAGAAAGCGUCUUUGUAUCAUAUGCAUCGUUGCAUUCGUUGCUGCUGGCAUUAUCGGACUAAUUAUUUACCUUUCUGAAAAGUAAAUCAUAUUUCAUUUCCUUUAUUUUUGAAGGAAGAGCCUGGGGCAGCCUGAUAUGUUGUCAAGUUAUAAUUAUUAUUAUCACCAUAGCUUCUUUCAAUUUGCAAUGAAAAUCUUCGCCGAUAUUUAAAGCAGAAACCAAUUUAAAACAGUAUCUCUUGCGAUGAACCUUUUAUGACUGUCGUUAUGCAUAUAAUUCACCAAAAUUCAGGGUAUGCGUUUCAGUGUAUUAAAGUGAAUACUCGUUGAAAUUUUUUCCAGUUAAUUUAUAAACUUAAAAUUUCUUGUUCUUCAAUUCAAGUACCUUGGGAAUUUUGGCUGAAUUUAAUUUAUAGAGUGAUCAACCCUCAAGAGGAGCACCAGAAUGCUCAAGAGACUGUAUAAAGAUAAAGAUAGCAAUAUUUUCAGGUCCCAUUUUCCCAGAAGUCAUCACUGUGCUUGCAACAGAAUUGAUAUGUCUUCGUGUAUAAUAGGAAUAUCUGAUAAGGGGAUGACGAUAUGCAACAUCAUAUUACAGAAGCUUUUUGUGAUGGAAAAUUCACGUCGGGGCCUUAGAUUACUAGCCAAAAUAUUGACAAAUUUCUCAUUUUGUAGAAUUAAUCACUAAAUGGUUAUCAUAUAUUUAUAAUUUGUUAUCUACAUUCUGUAGAAAGAAUUUUGUAAUUUGAAGUCAACGUUUAAAUAAAUGAUUUGUUUAUCAAAACGUUUGUGCCUAUCAGUUAAA